AUGGGUUAUAUUGGCAUCGUUGGAUACUGUCUCCACAACCAACAUUCUGGAUUGCAUCUCUCCCUCUGUCCACUUACCGGCAUCUUCGACCCCGUAAACCUCCUAUCACCAAAGCUCGCUGUCUCCCCGAAUUCCAACGAGUUUUGUGAAGUCCACAGACGCGAAAAAAUCGUCUUUGUGCAUCCACCGUGGCUUGCCCCUGCCCUCCUCUUCGUUCUCUUCCCCGUUGUUGAUGUCGCCUGA